UCACUUCCCCCCUUCCCUCCCUGCUCCUUCCUCCUCCUUCCUUGUCCUCCUCGGCCGCGCGCGGCUGGGAGCUCCGCGAGCCAUGGGAGACGAAUGGGACGACGAGGAGUGGGAUGACGACGACAUCGAGGCGAAGCUCGCGACGAAGCAGAAGGAGAGGCCGCCAACAGGGUCGACGACUCCGAGGAGGACGAGGAGGGUCCGCCACCCGCGGCGGCGGUCUCCUCGCCGGCCAGCGCCGCCAAGGCGAAACCGAAGGCGAAGGAGAAGGCGGCCGAGCCGGAGCCCGCGCUGA